GAGUGUUGGAGAGGUUGGUGUCGAGUGUGGAGCAGCAGCAGCGUCACAUGACCUCCAAAGGGCUGCUGGAGGUGUGCUCCCUGCCUGAGGGGGAGGAGCCUGAGGAGGGGGUGCACCUGGCCAGGGAAGAGCUGCAGCAGCUGAGCCGCAGGGCCCAGCUGUGGCCCCUGAUGGAGGGACUGGCGAUCCUCAACCAGCUGCGCCUCAGCACUGACCUGCUGCAUCUGGCUCUGGCUCCUGGUGACCAGGAGGCGGAGGCCAGCCUACGCAGAGAGCUCUCCAGACAUCUGCGCUACUGCCUGCAGUCCACCCCCAUGAACGUGAGCCAGCUGCAGCCUCUGUGGUUCCUGCUCAGCAGCGACAGG